AUGGUUAUGGCACGUUUUUCAAUGACAAAUGUAAUUGAUCAAUUACUUGAACAUCAAAAUCAAAAUGCUAGUACACAUUUAAUAAUUGAUUAUCUUGAUUUAAUAAAAAAAAUUAUUCAAUUACUUCGUUAUUCAAAUUUAUUUGAUUUUGAUCAAUUAUUAAUUUCAACCCAAAUUGGAUCUAUAGAAGAAACGAGUUUUUUUAUUUGGGUUUUUUUUUCUAAAACAAUAGCUUAUUCAACAUAUCAACAUAUUACAUAUCUUUUAUCUUUAUGUGAACACAGUGAUCUACAUUUACGUGGUGCAUGUGCAAAUUUAGUUGUUACAUUAAUUCAAACAACAAUUCAUCUUUUAACACUAUCAUCAUUAUCAAAUUCUUUUAUUAAUCAAUGUUCACUUGUAUCAACUGAUUCAAAAGACAGUUCAAGUCAUGCAUUUACAAUCAUAGGAAUUAAAUUAUUAGAAGAUUCUAUUCAACAUACUACAAGUUCCUGUACUUUUGCUCAAGUUAGUCUAGCUCAAUUUAUAGAUGAUAUUGAUUUUCGAAUAUUAACUUAUCUUGAACAACAAUUAAAACAACAGUACCCUGAUAUACGUGUUCGUCAAGCAAUUGCUUCGACUUUUACUAAUCUUAAAAUAUAUAUUAAUACAAAUGAAAGUGAUUUUCAAGCUGCUGUACUCGAUUUACUUGUUCAAUUACUUUUAAUUCGUCAUUUUAUUUAUUGUAUUGCUGAAUUUCUUGUUAUGUUAUCACAUGAUACACUUCAUUCAAAACAAGUUAUUAAAAUACAAGAUUUAAUAAAACAUUAUGAUUAA